AUGUCGAGUCAAGAGGAGAAAGAUCUGGGGGCGAAGUGUGACUUGUCGAGACCUGCAUGUCGUCAAUGUCGCAGGGCCGGUUCCAGAUGUGCUGGGUAUCGAGUGGAGGAGUCUGUUAUCUUUAGAGAUCAAACUGCCGAAACUUUGGGCAAGGUGUCAGUCUUUUCAACCCUAAAAUUACCUAAUGGCAACCAGGAUGUUUUGGUAAGACCUAGGCUAUCCCAACAGGCCAAAGUCCACCAUUCGCAAGAUAUCUCCAGCCAUUAUCCGUGGUUCAGACUUGAGGUUACGCCGGAAGACCAAGCCUUACAUUUCUUUUUUCACCACUAUGUUCUGCCUGAGUCUGGGCGGUCCCCUACUCAUCCCGACUGUCACGGCAUCAUUCACAAACGAGCGAUAGAACCUGGAUACUUGGCUAACCUCAUCAACGCUGUCGGACUGGCCGGUCUAGCGUAUCUAAGGAACGCGCCCACGCUCAUCAAUUUAGCCAGACAGUCGUUUUCUCACGCACUUCGCGAUAUAUGCGCUGCACUCAUGGACCCCAGUGAAGCAUCGUCCGACCAAAUGUUAGUCGCUGUAAUGCUUCUAGCGUUAUACGAAACUGUCGCGUUCAAUUCUGAUGGAGGUUUGAGUCCGUGGAGUAGACAUGUAGAUGGUGCCUUGGCAUUGCUACAGCUCCGAGGAGCAGGCCAGCUGCGCAACAGGAUCGGCCGGAGCAUUUUUCACAGCUUGCGCUCUGAAAUCCUUAUCAACUGCCUUCAGCGAAGGCUGCCGGUACCAAAAGUCCUCAUAGACUUUAUGGCCGAGGCUCGCAGCAAUGAAACAGCACAAGAAGCCCCUGCGGCUCGGCUAGCAGACAUUAUUGUCAGCGUAUGCGCCGCUUUACCCUCAGCCGAGGAAGACAUCACGGACGAAGGGACUUUGUCUUCCCACGUUUCAAGACUAUUGUCGAUCGAUGCAAAUCUCAAGGACUGGGCCCAAACACUCCUAACCGAAUAUGGGUACAAGAUCCGAACCAAGUCAAUGGAUCUCGAUGAAGCGGAAGUGUUCAUGGGACGACAUGACAUAUAUUCCAGCGUGGAGAUUGCCAACACGUGGAACUUGCAGCGCUGUGUGCGUAUUAUUGUACGUCAAGCACUCGUUGAAACCUUAUCGAAAUACUUCCCCAUCCCGUAUUCGCCAUCUUUCUCUACAUCAUACAGAGACCUACUCCAGACUUCAACUAUAGUCAUAAAAGACACCUCUAGUGAUAUAUGCUGCAGCAUUUCAUAUAUCUUGCAUGCCUUUGAUGAGACAGGUAAAUCGAGCGACCUGCGGGCUGCUCAUGCUGUGCAUCUUUUAUGGCCACUCUAUAUCGCCGGAACAACACAUAAUGCCAAUGACGCUUUACGGUAUCGGAUUAUAUCAACGAUGGAAGAUAUCAAGGAUGCUGCUGGUAUUCAAGAGGCAGAGCGUAUAGCCCUAGCUGUACAACAACGAGGCCCGGAGUUAAGAUGCCAAAAUAACAUCACGAACCAGACGGAUGAUGAUAUCUGGAUUCGAUCGUAG